AUUUCAACGACUUCUAUGCUAGCAGCAGUAAGCAGUUCUAUUUCUCGAAGACAUUUAUUGAAAGCGGUCGAGUUGGCGAUUCUCUUUCGAUUCAGUUUAUAGUGUUGAUCUUGGUGAUUUCUCAUUGACUCACAUUGGAGAGCAAGAGGGCCGUACUCAAUCAUUAAAUAGUUUUUUGGUGCAUCUAGAUUGGUAGCCGUUCAUUCUGAUAAUUACUUAUAGUCACUAAAAAACAUAAAAUGGAAGAUCUCAAUGUCUGUGUGCAAAGAUGCGGUUAUAAUACCUGCAGUGGGUGUUCCCUCACAAACAUUGAAUUCAUCCGAAUAAUUUUGGACGAAAAUAUGGCUCGUAAUUUCCUCAUUCAACAUGGGGCAAUUGCGUGCCAUGUUUUAUGUCCAAGAUGUGGCGCACGUCUUUCAGCCGAUUGGACAAAGAGUCUCUUUAGAUGCCGAAAAAUGACCCGUAUUCCAAAGAGAAAAUACCAGAAAUGUGAAACUUCGACCAGCGUCUUUCAGGGAACUCUUUUUGAGCGAUCGCACUUGAGCUUGACCAAAAUAUGUAUCCUGGUCAACAUAUUUUUAUCAAGCCAAGAUGAGAAAGUGUCCGAAGCCAUGUUAGAGGUUGACUGUUCUAGACAAACAGUUCUCGAUUGGUUUUCUUUGUACCAGGAAGUAGUGGCUGACUAUAUCGUGCGGUGUUCUCAAUCCAUAGGAGGGGUUGGGAAAAUCGUCGAAAUAGACGAAGCUAAAUUAGGAGAAGGAAAACACAAUCAUGGCUGUUUGUCGCAUGGACAGUGGGUUAUUGGCGGAGUUGAACGAAAGAAUCGUGGCAAAGGCAAGGUAUUUCUCGUUACUGUAGAGGAUCGUUCCCCCGACACGCUAAUUCGAGUUAUUGAACGUUUUGUGAAACCUGGCACAACGAUAAUAUCCGAUUGCUGGAAGGGGUACGAUGCUUUGCAAACCGAGGGUUUCCGCCGAUUUGCCGCGAAUCACUCGUUGAAGUUCGUCAAUCCGGACACUGAAGCUCCGACACAAGACCCAGAAAGGCUCUGGGUUGAGGUUCGCAGGGUUGUCUUUAAGGCAGGAUUCAGGACGGAAGAUUACGAAGGCUGUCUCUGUGAUACUUUGUUCAGUCGGAUGGAACCCUGUUAUGGUCUGAGAAGACACCUGUUUUGGAAGGCGGCCGCAUCUUUGUACUCGCCGGAUCAUCCAUUGGCAUAAGAUCUUCAAUGGACACUGUGCCUACCUCAGAGAUGAUAAAAAGUUUAUCUGGCGAGAUGUAUUCUGGAAAUGAAAUGGAAAAAUGCUUUUUAAGUUCGAAAUAUCUCCAGUGGUCCCAUUGUAAUGAUUGCUUUAUAGUGGAAAUUUUGGGAAGGAUAUCCUUUCUGCAAUACACAUCUGGACAUUCAGUAUGAAGAUUUCUCUUGUGAAGAUCUCUGUAUAACGUCAAGGACACCAUGGAAAGAAAAUAUUCUAUAUAUGUGGGUUGGGCUCACUAUAUUUGGCUUCAAUGAGGACGAAAAAGUAUCUUCUAGCCAUCACAUGUUUUGGUAGCUUUUGGAAGAGGACGAAAAAGUAUCAUCUAGUCAUCACACGUUUUGGAAGCUUUUGGUAGAGGACAAAAACUACAUUCUAGCCAUCGCAUGUUUGAGGAGCUUUUGGAAGAGGAAUAUGUGGAGGCUAUUCUGUGCACAAUUUAGGAGAUAUGAUUAAGUGAGUCAAUCUUAUUUUUCAUUCUUAUUUUAAUCUUAUACAUGAUGAUAGGUUUAUCGCCCCAGUCUGAUUACUAUGUUGAUCGAUAUUCACUGAAAUUAGAAAUAUCAAAUCAAUUAUAUUGGGAAUGUAAGCAUCGGUUUUUAAAAAACAUUUCACUCUUUCAGAAUUAAUGAUUGUGCUUACAAAGCUGAGAAAAUGGAUGCAUUGAAAGGAUCUACACUGUGAUCUGAGCUAUUGAACAAAAAAUAUUGAUGAAGCAAAUUCUGAUGAUUUUACAUGGAGGAUUUUCAUGUACAACAAAAACAUUCUGUGAUAGAGAUGAAGAUAUACAAUGAAAGUGACCAAACUAAAUUUAUAAAGGUUGAUUAAUGUAUGGCAGUGAUGUGAAAUAGUGGCCAGCGAAAAGGUUAGUUGAAAUUGAAAAUUUUUUGUAUGUAGUGUUAGUCACAUACUUUUUUUUAAAUAUACCUGGAUCUCUCAUGUCAGUUACUUUUCAUAGUAGUACCCUGAUUUGCUCACUUCAAAUUUCUUAAUUUAAAUGAUGAUUUUUUGACAAGCAUAUGACUGAAAAUUACUGUUGAAAAUUUUUCACUGAUUGGUAACUUUUCUUCCCAUAACUGAUUUUAAUGUAAGUUUAUUAGUAUUUAAUAUCACGAAAUUUUCAGAAUUUCUUUGAACUCCCUUGGCUAAAGGACAUGAAUCUCUAAAUAGAAUGUGAUGAUGUCCUGAAAAUGUACCAAUUUUCAUGGUAAAUUGGGGUGUCUGUGGAAAUACUGCAGGUUUACAAGGUCGAGGCUUUUUGAACACAUUUGACUGAAAUCUCAUAAAUGGUUUUCCAACUAGAAUUCUUCAAAUUGCCAAAGAGUACUUCAAGGUUGCCAAGCUGUUGUCACUUGUUGAACAGGACAACAGUAUGAGCUGCCAAAUUGGAUUUCAAUUGUCAAAACCUUGAAUUGUAUAUAUUAUUAUUUACAUGUUCAUUUUAUACAUUAUGUACAUUAUAAUUAGAGUGAUUGAAAUAUAUUUUAAACU